UUUCUCGGGAAAAUCAGUAAAACGGACCCGUUUUACGAUAGGAAACGAAUAUUGGAUUUGAAAGGGCCCUUUUUGCAUGAAUCCUUUGAAUGGAUUCUGAAUCAUGAUGACUUCCAGAAGUGGCGCAAUACUAAAGAGAGCGGUGCACUUUGGAUCAAAGGGGAUCCUGGAAAAGGAAAGAUAAUGCUCCUAUGCGGCAUUAUUGAUGACCUGGGAAAGAAUCCUGGGAUAAACUCCAACUUCUGCUACUUCUUUUUCCAAGCAACAGAUAAUAGAAUCAACAGUGCUGUUGCUGCUAUUGGGGGACUUAUCCUUUCACUCCUCAAGCCGCGCCAAAAACUCGUCUCUGCCAUUCGCAAGAAAUUCGGAGAUACAAUAAGUCAACUUAGCGGGCCAAAUGCAUGGCAGGUCCUCUGCGAUAUAUUUGAGACAAUUGCGCAGAAUCAAGAAUUAUCAGAUAUUGUCUGUAUCAUCGAUGCUCUUGACGAAUGUGAGAACGACGUUAGAUCGCUCUUAAAUCUUAUUGUCAAAACAACCGGCCACGUCAAAUGGUUGCUUUCAAGUCGAAAUGUGAAAGAUAUAGAGCGAAGGCUCCGAAAAAUCAAGAAAUCUCAAAGGCUCACCUUAGAACUCAAAGCAAACGCUGAGUGUGUUUCCCAAUCCGUUGACGCAUACAUCGGUUGUUCCAUUCAAGAUAUUGAGGCACUGGAGGGAGAUGGAAAACUCCAAAUACAAACAGCAAACACCUUGAAAAUGAAGGCAGAGGGAACCUUUCUCUGGGUAUCGCUUGUCAUUGAACUGUUGCGUGAAACAGAUCGUCGAAAUAUAGCAGACGUGCUGGAGGAGCUGCCUAUUGGUUUGGAAAACCUUUAUGACCUGAUCAUGGAGCGAUCUACUCAAAAAUCAAGACACAAAGAUCAAAAUAUCUGCCUGCUCUCAAUUGUCACCACGGCCGAAAGGCCUCUUCGGCUUGAAGAACUUCGUGAGUUUAUAAAGCGUCAGUGGAAAGGUUAUAAGACGGACUACAGCUUGCACGAUAUGAGUGACACGGUCAAAGACUGUGGGUCUUUUUUAUCUAUCAGAGACGACACUGUCUAUUUUGUUCAUCAAUCCGUUAAAGACUACAUGGUAGGAAAAGCCGCCAAGAGCAUUUUCCCUUCAGGAAUCGCAUAUCAACAUUCUGAAAUGUUUAAGAACUCGUUAUGCGCGAUGUCUUGUAUUCUGACAUACGAUAUAUACAAUAUUAAAGAUCCCAAGACUGAGGGGACUAAAAUCACUCGACCUGAUCCUGAUCCUCUAGCAUCUAUGGUAUACUGUUGCACGUUUUGGGUCGAACACUUGGUUCAAAGUUGUCAACUUGAGAAAUCUAACGUCGAAGAACAUCUAAGAGAGAAUGGAAUUCUUCACUGUUUCCUCAAGGUCAAAUUUCUAUGCUGGUUAGAAUCUUUAAUCCUUCUGAAUGCGGUUGAGCAAGGGCUGGAGGCUCUAAACAAGCUUGAAAGCAUUACGGCAAGACAAAGGAGGAAUAACAGCCUUGAACAAUUUAUCGAUGACGCUUGGCAAUUUAUCCAUAAUUGCGAAGAAUAUGUGCGCACAUUUCCUUUACAGCUUUAUUACGCAGCCUUUGUCUUUGGGGACAGUGAUAACACAAUCAAUAAGACAUUUCGACAGGCUAUCCAUGCUAAAUUUGGAUACCUGCCUGUUUUUACAAACAAGCCACGCAGGCGAUAUUCCCGCCUACAGGUUAUAAAAUCCAAGCAGCACUUUACAUCACUACAUUUUUCUCCCGACUCGUCUCUAUUAGGCUUAUUACAUUACGACACCCUUUCUUUUUGGAGACCAAAAUCAGGCGUGAGAGAAUUUGAAUUUCAGUUGAACUUGGAUGAAGAAGGAAUGGAAAUAAAUUUUGAGCCUGACACGAGCCAUCAUAUCGCUUUUUCGUCUGACUCAAGUCAAUUAAUCUCCGUGUCGAGCAAAGGUGUCGUGCAAAGAUGGUCCAUCAAUAACCGGACACAGAUAGAACAAUCUCGCCUGAACCUUUACUCUAAGUCUAUUGAGCAUAUAUCGGUAGAUUCAAAAUUGGUAGCGGCAAUGGAUCAUCAGGGCUGCGAUAUCAACAUAAUCGCUGCAGAGAGUGGGAAGGUAGUUCGGGUGAUCAAAAGUGGGAAUUCGUCUGAGUGGUGUAAGCCAUGCUUCUCUACCAACUUAGAUUUUGUUGCACGACGAGUCGGAGACAAAGACGAUGUCCAGAUUUGGGAUGUCAACACGGGGAAAGUCAUGCAGGUGCUCCAAGGCCCAGGCUCUAAGCGGACGAAGAUAGCCUUUUCAUAUGAUUCGAAUUAUCUGGUCGCAGGGUAUGAAAAGUCUCAGAGACAUGUCAGGAUUUGGUGCGUGAAAUCUGGCGAG